AUGAAGAUAGCCUUCCGUGGAUCCAUCAGUAAAAUAGACACAGCCAAGAAAAGAAUCUGUAAGCUUGAAGAUGAAUCAGUAGAAAAUUCUACAACAGAAGACUUACUUGGAAAGAUAACAUCAUUUCGUGAUGGACUAAAUGAAAUUAAAGAUGACAUUGCCUGUUGCCUUGUUACUCUUAUGUCCCAUGGAGAAGAAGGUUUUAUCAAAAUGAAAGACGGUGAAAAAGUCAGCCUGGAAGACAUUUUUGAAAUGUUCAACAAUAAAAAUUGUCCAGCACUUCAAGAGAAACCAAAAAUUUUUAUAAUCCAGGCCUGCAGAGGAGAGAGGAGAGACAGUGGUGUUGAAACAGAUGAUGAACCCAUGGACUUGGAUGAUGGAUCAGAGAAGAAGAGGCUGCCUACAUUCAGUGAUUAUUUCAUCAUAUAUCCCACCCAAGCAGAUCAUGUCGCUUUACGGGAUCCCCGCACUGGCUCUGUGAUGAUCAAGGAGAUGACUGAAGUCUUUAAGCAGUAUGGAAAUAAGUGGCACAUCGCUGACUUCUUUACCAUAGUGAAUAACAGAGUGGUGCACCGUGACUUUAAUCUGUGUAACAAACCAAUAAAAAUAUCGCUGGUAAUGGAGUCAACUUUAACAAAAUUUGUAUACUUUUGACACGAGGAUGAUUCAAAAAACAAGGACUGCUUUGCAACAGUUUGUAAAGAGCUAUGAGCAUUUGUAGCAUUGUACUAACAGUUACCAUUUUGCAUUUUUCUUGUCACUGGUGUUUCUUCAGUUUGUUUUGUAUAUAUAUAUAUAUAAUUUUUAUAAGAUUUAAGUCUGCUUACUUGAUACUUGUAAGUCUUUUUUUUUAAGUGAUUUUUUAAGUGAUUUUUUUUAAGAUCACUGUUUUCUGAAAAAACACUUUGCUGAACUGUUAUCAAAACAUGGACGUCCAGCUCCAUUUGUGUACUGUUUUUAUCCUGUGUUUCUCUUGCUGAUUGCCCUACCCUCUCCACCCACAGUUUGGUGCUGGUGUUAAUGCUUGUUUUCUUGGUUUAGUCAAGAAUUGUUGGGUGUGGUCUUGUCCUCUGUGUACCUUAUUUCCCCAGACUGUUGUCUGUAGCCAGUCUGAUCUCUCGGAAUCCGUAAGCUAUUCUCAGGCCUUAACCUGGAUCACUCUGGGCCUUGGAUGCCUUCGUGUGUUUACUUUGCACCUGUUUCCCACCUUCCUCCUUGCUCCUUAUACCUUUGAGCUGCUGUCUCCUCCACUUGGAACCCUCUAUUCCACCCCACAUAGGUAAGUCCUUGCCAUCCUUUAGAAUAUGGUUCAAGCACAACUCACACAGGGAGGCUUUCCACAGCCCCAUGCUAGGUCAGCUUCUUCUAAGUGCCCAGAGACUCUCAGCUUCUCUUCUGUAGCAUUGAAAUGACUAUCUAGUGCCUGUCUCUCUCUCUCCAGUUUAGUCGUGAGCUCCAAGAGGCAGAGGCUGUGUGUCUCAUUCAUGGCUGUAUCUUAGCUUCCGUCCAUGCCUUAGGACACAGAGAGACCAUGCAGUGAGUUUAGUGAGUGACUCAUCCCUGUGUUUUAAUUAUUUUACCCAUUCCGCAGACCUGGCCUCUUGAAUAUCUAGCCACCUGCCAUUCAUCCCCACACACAUGCAUGUCUCAUGGCUGCUUUUACUCCACCAGUUGGAAGUUAACCUGAGUUUCCCCGAAAUCCUUUCAUAAAACCCAUCCCAUUGUUCAUAAUCUUUUGACUCCCCACUGCCUGCAGGAUAUACCCCCCAAGUCCCCUAGGAGAAUAUUGCAAGUCUUUCUCUGUCAGGCUCAAUCUACACUACUCAUGUACUGCUAUUUGUCCUGGUAAUUCGCCCUCCCUUAAUAAUCCUGUCUCACAGAAUCGGGCUUGUGAAUUAGUGAAUGUGGAUGAACUCUCCUGGAUAUGUUAUCGUAUCAGAAUUCAGUCUCUCCUUUCAGUCGGAAAUGCCCAUUCCUUUCGACUCUAUGUUCUUCAGGGUGCAACUUGGGUCCCAUCCCAAGUAAAGAAAACUGUAUGUAGACUAAUGUUUCUAGAGUAACAAACUGUGGACUGAGCAUGAAUUUUUGUAUUCGAACUUUGGUUGUAACUCUGGACUGCUUCUGGACCUUGGUUUCCUCAUCUGUAUGAAAGGAGGUUUGGCUCAGCAGACCCUGAGAACCCACCCCCUUGGACUUCAGUGAAUUUGAACUGCAUAGUGAACUUGCUUCUGAACACCCUGCAGGUGGGACUGUUGCCGAACCUAAGGGUUCAAGCUGGCAGUUGCAUAAGACUGUUGGGUCUAUGUGACGAUGCAGCUGGUUAGUGAGAAUGCUUGAAGAUUGAGAGCCAAAUGAACUGAAGCAAUCUGGAAUCCCCAGGCCUAUCUCCAUUUCAGAGAUCAUUGUGUCCAUUUUAGGUAAUGUGAUUUCUUAAGUAUAAAUAUAUGUGAUUUAAUUUUUAAGCAUUUGUGUUCUGAUACUUGAUAUGUAGCUUUGGUUUUAUAUAGAGCAUUAAAAUGUCUCCGGUUCAUAAAACAUGA